GAAGCGGCCGAGCGCACUCUUCAUCCUCGCUCUCUCAUUCUUGGUCUGGGGCCACUUGUUUCGCCUCGUACGAAUUCGUUGUCACUGGGGAGCGCGUUGCCGGAGCGGCAACAUCGAGUGGUUCUGUCGACAUUUCAAAGUGAACGCGACUCCAAAAAUCACCAGGUUCGGACAUUUGCGGGAGUGAAGAAAAACAUAACUGUCGAAGAAUAUCGGGAAUAUCGAGUGUCGAGUGCGAGAUAAAUAUAAAAACAAAUACGACUGAAUUUCUCAUCGAGUCCGUUGUUAAUUCGUUCAAUUAUCUCGCAGCAUCGAGGUAAUAAGCUCGGAAAGAAGAAUUUCUUUUUAACGACUAUUAUCGUUAUAUUCCCUUACGAGGUUAUUAAAAUACUUUUGUUCUCUCGUGUUCUCGCAGAGCCGGCUCAUGCUCUUCAAUUAAAGCUCGUUUAGCCUCGUUUACGGGCUCUCUUCGCAUCGGGAAAGAUCGUGAAAUAUUUGUGUUAUAGAAAAGGAAGAAGAGCUCGCGCGGGUGAAGAAAUAAAUGAAGAAUUCUGCGGGCAGUGAAUGAAUACGAAGGCGAGAGUGGAGCUUCGACAUUGGAAUCGACAGGGGCGCAUUCUCUCAUUCGACUCCGAGAUUCCGAACAUGUUUUGACGCUUUACGAUCAACAGACUCUCAGCACAAUUUACCUUUCGUCGUUCGAUUGGAUUUUUAAUCGAUUGAAACUCUGCGAAAAUGGCUACGGACGCUAUGCCGCGCGAUGUGGACGCUCACAUCGUCACACUUUUGACGAAAUUAUCCGAAUUGCGGGAAAACAACGUUGAACCGAUGACCGAACGUCGAGCACCGAUGUCGAUCGAGGCGAGAAGUCUCGAACUCUGGAGAGCCGUUGCCGUUGAAUGCUUCGCUACUUUCCUCUUCGGCUUUGUUGUUCUUGGUGCAGCCGCGUCCUCCAAUGUCUACGGUAGCGGCUUGUCCGUAUUGGCCACUGCCAUUGCUUCGGGUUUUGCGAUCGCAGCGAUUUCCUUGAUCUUCGGACAAGUCAGUGGAGGUCACGUUAAUCCUGCGGUCUCCGUAUCGUUUGCUCUAUCGAGGAGGAUCUCUCCUCUCCGGGCAGCUCUAUAUAUCGCGGCACAAUGCGGCGGUGGCAUAGCAGGGGCUGCGAUGCUUUACGGAGUGACAGUUUCGGCUACGGCGACUCAGGUGAUGCCGACUUCCGGUCGUCUUGGAGGACCCAUAGAGAAACUUCUCGUCGAGACGGCCCUCUCCGUUUUUAUUGUUCUCGCCCACUUGGCUUCGGAUCUUUCGAGAAAUCACUUACCGGCGAUGGUCUCUGCCAAACCAGCGGGAGUUUUAGCCGCUGCUUACACCGCCGCCACUCUCGUUUCGAGUCCUUUUUUGAAUCCCGCGAGAGCUUUGGGUCCGGCAUUCGUGAUGAACCGUUGGGACAGUCACUGGGUGUACUGGGUAGGACCGAUAUCAGGCGGUGCUUUAGCCGCGUUGAUUCACGAGUACGUGCUCAGUCCGAAACGUCCAAGGGAUUCGCAUGAAAUGGAGGACGGUGAGAAUUCAUCGAUGAGAUCGGACGAGGACACGUACGACGAUUUGGACAAGCCGAACGGUCCGAAAUUUCCAGGAUCUUACGCGACGUACAGGCCGGUAGCUGGGGCUAGCUCGUCGAUUUAUUCGGCGCCCCCAACGACCCUCGAGAGGGUAGAAUCGAUUUACGGUGGAACGAAAUCUCUGCAUUGCAAAUCGCCACCAUUGACGAGAGCCAAUCUCAACAGAUCUCAGAGCGUUUAUUCGAAAUCGACGUCGGGUCCGCGCGACGCAUUCAUGAUACCAAAACCCGGUCCACUGGUGCCCGCUCAAAGUUUGUAUCCACUGCGAACCGGACAAAAUACAUUGCCGAGCGGAGGUAUCGGCUGGAAAGACGGUUUCACGCUUCUGUCGAACCAACCGACGCAGUCGCCGCCGCAAGCAGCCGGCGGACUCCAUGCGCCACAAAAUCAAUCUCAAAACCAUAACAGUACUAAUCAAAACAUGCAAAACCAACUGGCUCAAUGCACCCAAAGUAUUUACGGCAUUCGAGGAAUUUCGACGAGUGUCAGUAGCAGGGAAAAUGGUAUUUACGGUGUUACCACUGGGAACGGAAUUUAUGGACGAGCGCCCGUCCCUCCUCCCAGCUCGCAGAACUCCCAAGCUGGUUCUCAAGCCGGACAGUCCGGAGGCCCGGGAUCCACCGGAUCCCACCAGCAAAAACAGCAGCAACAGCAGCAACAACAGUCCCAAGCCCAACUGCAGAACGGACCUCUUGCUACGAGCUCGGAAAACGGACAAAAUCCGAGGAGGCCUGAAAGCACGUACGGUCACGUUUCACGGAGAAUAAGCGACGACUCUGCCUACAGCAGUUAUCAAGGCUCGACGAGGGGAAACUACGGCAAACCUCCUGGACAAUCGCAGAGGCAGCCCGGACCCGUUCAACAAAACCAAAAUCAACAGAGCAACUUUCAGAGAAACUCACCGAAUCCCCAGUACUGACGAUCUCAGGAAACUCAUAGAAAUUUGAGACAAUGAGACAGCGUUGUUGUUAAUUCAUCGAGUUGCGUUGCUCGAUGCUACCUUCGAAAUAAAUUCCGCGAUUUCUUUCUCAUGAUCCAAUACGUUUUUUUAUUCAUACAGAAUUUCAUACGCAAUUGACGCAACGUUUGCUAUUCGUUACAAAUUGUUGCAAUUUUAAAACUCGGGGUAUUACAUUCGGUAGCACAACGUACUCGAUGAAUUAGCAAUACGCCGAAAAUUUAUUUAUUCACACUUCCCGAUCAAUCGAGUCUUUCCCCGAAUUCUCGUUCUGCCGAUGAUCUCGUAAUUAGGAAAAGCAAAAGAAACGUUUUUAUUACGAUCGAUUCGUUUAGCAAUUUGUACUUCCUUGAACAACCACGAAGACUGCCAGCUUUCGGACAGCAUUUUUCUAACUCUCCAACGUUCUAUCGAUCGUCGCAGCUUUUUUUUAAAUCAAUCAUUGAAAUGAAAAUGCAAAGCCGAAAGUUUUGUACAUAAACAUUGUAUUUAUUAUCUACUUUAUACUUAUUGAUUAAAUUGUAUGAUUAAUAUUGUUAAAUGUGUGUGCGAGUAUUAUAAGAAUCGACAAUAAUAAAGAAAUAAUACGAAAGUAAA